AUGAUCCAGGGAAUGCAAAGCGAACGGCGUCGCGCGUACUUUUUUUGUGCUUUUUUGUGUCUCGCAUCUCUCACCACACGUGGAAUGUUGCUGAAAGUUGACCGAAAGUCUUUGGCGAUGGUGCUAGUUUUGGUGGCGACUGGAGCUUCACUACCAUCGGUACCUAGACCGAAACAGGAGCUGGAUGUUGAGCACGGCCUUAGCGCCGAAAGAGCUGCCGUAACAACGGUGGGGAAAUGCUUGGAAACGUCGGCGCUGAUAUACGUGGAGACGGUGAUCGUUAUGAAGGACGACUCGAGUCGCGUUCGUGGAACAAUAGAGAUAUCCAUCGGAAAACCCAUCAUUAUCGAUUGUGUACGUAUUGUCGCAAAAGCCGAACAUGAACGGAUGGCAUUGAAGGGGCACAAGCUUUUGGGCCCGAAUACAAUUGAGCUAAGCAUCGCCGAGGAGCAACCUGCGCAGUCAAAUGCGCUCGAGUACUCAGUGUACGUCUACGCGACGAUUGCGUCAAAAGGGCAGUCAUAA